AUGGCUCCCUUAACCGAAGGCGGGGCCUUCUUGCACGGCCUGGAGGGCUUGGGCCAGCAGGUGGGGUCACACUUCCUGCUGCCUCCUGCGGGGGAGCGGCCGCCUCUGCUUGGCGAGCGGCGGGGCGCGUUGGAGCGGGGUGCCCGAGGUGGCGGACCCGGCUCCGUGGAGCUGGCGCACCUGCAUGGCAUCCUGCGCCGGCGGCAGCUUUACUGCAGAGCUGGCUUCCACCUGCAGAUUCUGCCCGACGGCAGUGUGCAGGGCACCCGGCAGGAUCACAGUCUCUUCGGUAUCCUGGAAUUCAUCAGUGUGGCCGUGGGACUAGUCAGUAUCAGAGGUGUGGACAGUGGCCUCUACCUUGGAAUGAAUGACAAAGGAGAACUCUAUGGAUCCGAGAAAUUGACUUCUGAAUGCAUCUUUAGGGAGCAAUUUGAAGAGAACUGGUAUAAUACCUAUUCAUCCAACAUAUAUAAACAUGGAGACACUGGCCGAAGGUAUUUUGUAGCACUUAACAAAGAUGGAACUCCAAGAGAUGGUGCCAGGUCCAAAAGACAUCAGAAAUUCACCCAUUUCUUACCAAGACCAGUGGACCCAGAAAGAGUUCCAGAAUUAUACAAAGACCUACUGAUGUACACUUGAUCAACCCAGAGCCAGUUAAAUAACACUGAAGAAAAUGUUCAGAACAUUACAGUCUG